CUGUUAAAAACAAUGUAACUCACUUGAUAUCCGAGUCGCUGGUGCUGCCGGCUAUGAGCUACCAAGCUGGCAAUCAUGAAACAAUGAUGUCUUUUGUCCCAGCCGGUACUGCUGAUCUCGCAACACCGUUCCGGAUGAUGUCAUUAGCUCGGGGCCAUUGGUGCUCCACACCCGCGUCGUGACACCUGAAGCGAGACAUCAGCUGACACCGGCAGCUACUUUGAGUAACUGGAAGCCGCCCAAGUCAGGUAUAAAUCCCAGAGACCGGGCACCUUACCGGCACCCCAACAUGCCCAUAUCCGCCUUUCCCUCGGUUCAUUCAACAUGAGCCCGGCAGACGACAACGACAGGCCCCUGCGGAUCGCUAUCCUGCUCAACUCGUACCGCUCGCCCUUCAUCGCCGAGAUCCACGACUCGUACGUCCGCUCCAUUGGCGCCGUAGCCCCGGAUGCCGUGCUCUCCUUCUUCUACCCGGCCGAGAAGGCCGACGACUUCCCAGACCCGAGCGACUUUGACCUGAUCGUCGUCGGCGGCAGCAACGCCGACCCGCGGAAAAAACACGAAUGGAUCCUGCGCGUGCACAAGUUCAUCCUCGAUGUAGUAGCUAACCACCCUCGCAAGAAGCUGUGUGGCAUAUGCUGGGGCCACCAAACCAUUUCGAUGCUGUUCGGUGCCGAGCUGGUGGAUAUGGAGACUCCCGAGCUCGGUGUGACCGAAGCAAAGCUGACACCGGCCGGCUGCCGCUUCUUUGCGAGGCAGAGCGGGGACGGGGUCGUCCUGUUGCAACAGCACCACCGCCGAGCGGUCGGGACCCCCCCAAGAGGCUUCUCCGAGUUACUCGUCGGCAACCAAUGCUUCUUAAGCCACAACAACACGAUCUUGACGUUCCAGGGGCACCCAGAAAAGGAUGCCCGUUGCGCCAGGCUGAGGAUAAGGGACGCCACACGGUGGUUUGGCCUGGAAGGGGACGACAAGGCGGCUCUGGCGUACAUCGAGCAAGCCAUGGAAAGACCGCACGAUGGCGCUGAGAUCUGGCGGAGGGUGCUGGACUGGGCACGCGAACAGCAUCCGAGCCACGGGAUUCGCUUGUGAUCCGAGUCAGAAGAAAAGUCAAACAGUCCAAGUUGAGUAUGAAGCGCCAAAUAUUAGGCAGAAGAGCAGCGUGUCAGGAAUACCCCUCCAAAGCCACAGGGAUUCACGAGCGGCGUCAGGCAGAUUGGCUUGUAUUGUGAUGUGCUGAAAUAUCAAGCUUGCAUUGAAAACAAGCUAGCUGAACGCCGUCCCUUUUGGAUGCCCGUGCAUCAGACCCGAACCCGAAUACCAAACCCAAAUCUGUCCUCGGUGCGCCAGCCUACAAACAAGCCAUCUCCUCACGCCUAAUAAUCAGCGGCGCUGGUCUGGGGGAACUCGAAGACGACGCCGCGGCCGGUCAGGCGGCGGUAGACCUCCGAGUAGGUGUCGAGCCUGUAGUCGACACCGCCACGCUCCUUCUCGUCGAGGAUGACCUUAAGAGUCUUGGAGCCGUCCUCCUUGGUGCGGAGGCGCUUGCC